ACUUACACCAUUAGCAGGGCAAUAUGCCUUUGAAUUUUGAAACAACGGGAUAUGAAAAGCAGUUACCAACUGAUUUGCAUAAGAAUCCAUCGUACGCUGUAUUAGAUGCGGGAAGAACAGUUUGCCGAAUUCACAGUGAACUAGAAAAUGCAAUAUGACUAAUCAAAUAGGAUCGGAUAGGUGAAUCAAGCAUUAUACCUGAGAGCUUGAGUUUUCGGAUCAGGCCAUCGUAAAGAAUCAAAAGAAGCAAUGAUACUGUAAGUUCAAAGAGUAUAUCUCCUCAUGAAGAUUGAGACUUGGACCAUUUCAUUAAACAGAGAGUGGAAUCCUCAACAAAACAGGAACUGCGGUAAUUAUGGUUGUGCAGCUAUGCGGUAGUAGUAGGACCAUGUUACAGGAACAUGAAGCAUUCAAUAACGGAUAGCUUCCACAGCAACUAUUCGGUUUACAAGGGAAAAAAAAAUGUCAGAGAAAUAACCCUUUUGGCAGCAGUGGUGCCCCAGAUAACAUGAGGGGGUGUUAAGUACUAACCAGUGGUUCUUUGAUUUCAGGCCAAGGCACAAAAUGUUCUAUGCAAAUUUGAAAAGACCCAGAAACAAAAUAGUGAUUCCUUGUUUUCAAUGCCAAGAAACAAAGAUGCACCUUUAUCCUUUCCUCCAAUCUAUCAACCUUACUUUAUUCCAUAAACCUUCCAGCAUAAAUAAAUGUCUAAAAGGCCUCUCCAUUAGCUCCAAUGGCUUUCUCAGGCCAAGCCACAGGGUGUAGUACAUCUUCCAACACAAAGAUAUGGGAUCACAGCUUCUUGCCUAAGAAAAAAUGUCGAUUUAAGAGUAAUAACAUGAAGACCCCAAGGCAUCAGAUGUGCAUCAGAGCAGAGGCAGGGAAGCAAACAUGCACGAGAGCAGGGUCAUGGAAGAGACGCUACACAGACCAUAGGUUAAAGGUACUGAGCAGUUCCGAUAUAAUACCUAAUCCUCCUCCUCCAUUCGAGACAAUUAAGCAGUUCUACGCCUGCAUCAAUAAGAAGGACUUGAACCGACUAGGCGACUUCAUAUCUGAUGAUUGUUUCUUUGAUGAUUGUUCAUUUUACAGACCAUUCCAGGGGAAAAAGGAGGUUAUGGAAUUCUUUGGGCAACUAAUAGCUAGCAUGGGUCCGAAUAUAGAAUUCAAGAUAAGACUAGUACCCGGAGGAAAUGAUUUUACAACUGGAGUAAUCUGGCAUCUAGAAUGGAACAAGAAAACGAUCCCCCUCACCAAAGGCAGCAGCUUCUAUGAGUGCUCAACAGAGGGAACAAAACUACUCAUCAAGAGAGCUCAAGUGAUAACCGAAUCACCAAUGAAACCAGGACGCUCUGCACUGGUUUUACUAAAGUUUUUGACUUCACUAUUUGACGCAUUUCCGAAGGCUACUGAAUGGUUCCUAGACAAUUUCCAUCUUAUACUACAAGAAAUACUGAAGGUCUACAAGAUGGUUUUAUGGCCAUUUAUAAACCCAGUUCUGGGAUGGUACAUUAAACUCUGGAAAUUCACAAAGCACUUGCUCAUCAGCACACUCAAGAUAUUCAUCUUGAUCUCUAAGAUCUUCUCCAACUAGUGGACACUUGAAGGAAAGGCUUCACAUCACCUGUCAGUCAUCAUCACUAUACCAUGAUUCCACUACUGAGAGAGCAACAAAUGGUCCGAGAACAGGCGGAAGCGGUGGGGGUUUGCUGAAAGCAACAAUAGGAUCAACCCUGUCAUUAGUAAUCCUUUUUCCUUUUGCCCCUAUGUCAUUGCUUGUUUGCUUCUUCAGUGUUGAAGUAGCCACUGUACCUGAAGCAAGGAUUUGAACUAAAGUCAAUAAACAAGUUUCUUAGUGAAAAUACAAAAGAAUGCAAAACAGAUAAAAGAA